UUGCUAGUUUGUAUGCAGAAGUGGAUGUGUUGUGUGUACAUUAUCAAUUGAUAAAUAUAACAUCGAUAUCUCCAUUUAAAAUGCCGGACUGGGCAGAAAUUAAAAGCCAGUUUUCGGCCUUAAACUACAAGAGUUUAAUCGUUUACAAGAGAUCUAUAAUAGUCACUGUGCUAGAACUGGCAAUCGUCAUUCUACUCUCAUGGGUUCUUGCUACAGGGAAGAAAGACACUAUAACAAGAGAAUCUGGUGCGAUAAGUUUGAACCACAAAAUUAGACCCAUGUUCACGUACAUGCCAAACACAGCAGCGCUAGCGGCGCUGGUCGAUGUGAGAUGGACUAUUCCAAGAAUACUCAGACCAGUGUCAAGCAUACACCAACAUCCCAUGGUAAUUUUCGAGGGAACUGAAAACGUCCCGCGUCUACCCCAGCACUUGAAGUUUCGUAUUCCAAUAGACGACCAUGUUCCUACUGGAGUAAUGACUGGCCAAAGUUACGACUACGACGAGAAGGGUUUAACUUCUACUCAGCUGGUGGUGGCACAGCUGUACCUGAAUUACUGGAAGAGGGAGCUGGGCAACCUGACGUACGACCCACGUCUGCUGGUCAGAGCUCAGGUGAUGCCGCGGUUGAAAGCCAAAGUCGGAGUGCUAUCAAACGUUUACCCAAUCUUCAAUAUAAUCGUCUUCUCGUUCACGAUUUGCUCGACUGUGUUCAUCGUUGAGGAGAAAGCGUCCAAUAUUAAGGAAACGCUGCAGGUGCUGGGAGUUUCCAAACUGGUCUACUGGUGCUCCUGGUUUGUGGCCAGACUGUGCCUUGGUCUUGUGAUCGCUCUGAUAUUCUCUAUAGCGAUGAGCUAUGAGACUGCUGCAGGACCGUUUUUCCCAUUCUCAUUCUUGUCUCAAUACGUGUUGUAUUCUCUCAUGGCUAUAAACAGUCUGACGUUUUCUCUGUUUUUGUCUUGUUUUUUAAGUGAUGCCAGGAUCAGCGGUUUAUACGCAUUCUUUGCUUUCGUAAUAUCGAAUUGGAUUUCAAUAAAGAUAGGCCACAGUCCCGGUAAAACGUUAAAUUUAUUCGCUGGCCCAUUCCUCUACUCUCACGGUAUAAACAUGUGCUUCUAUUGGAUGGUUCUGGAAGAAUAUCGCCUCAAACGCCAAACAUCAGAAACGAGUGGUUUGCCGUUUCUUGAGGGAAUAAUGUAUCUGGUACUCAACAGUGUUGUCAACUGUGUUAUUGUGUGGGCAAAGGAGCGUUCAUGGUUUAGCGAGCACAGCAGCUUUGAAAUAAAGAAAACAGUAAUCCCUCCCGUACCUCAACAAAAUGAAAAGUUCUUUGAAAAGCCUUCAGGGAAUGAGACAAUAGGAAUUGUCGUUCGUGACUUGGUCAAGACGUACGGUAACGCCAUGGUAGUUUCUGGCGUCAGUCUGGACAUCUACACCAACCAGAUUACCAUGUUACUCGGACACAAUGGUGCUGGCAAAACGACGAUGAUUUCAAUGAUCUUAGGUCUAACCCCCAUAACUCGCGGUCAAGUGAUGAUAGACGGCAUGGAUGUUGUCAGAAACCUGACAGCCAUUAGAAAAACUCUGGGCUUCUGUCCUCAGUACGAUUUGUUUUUUCCCAGACUCACAGUCUACGAGCAUAUGGUCUUCUAUACUAAGAUGCGACAAGAUUCGAUAAACAGAGACGAAGCGUUUAGGACAUUAUCGCAGUUCGGAAUAGAAAAUAAAAUCGACGACUAUCCUAAAAAGUUAUCUGGAGGGCAGAAGAGAAAGAUUUCCGUGGCUUGUGCUUUUGUUGGGAAUACCAAGACCGUAUUCCUGGACGAGCCCUCGACGGGACUCGAUCCCAGUUCUCGCAGGGACUUGUGGCGUUGUCUGACCAACCUGCGCCAAGGACGUACACUCUUGAUGACGACACAUUUUAUGGACGAGGCCGACUACCUGAGUGACCGGAUAGCCAUCAUGGCCAGCGGCGUCGUCAAGUGCUGCGGGACGCCCAUGUUCUUAAAGAAAAUUUAUGGAAUUGGUUAUAGACUGACUUUGGUCAAGGGUGGUACCUGUGCUGAACACAAAGUGAUUCAACACGUCUUGUCAACCGUGCAGGCAGCUAUUUAUCAGUCUUCCAACAUAUCAGAGAUUACGUUUAUACUUCCUGAUAACUGCGUCAGUGAAUUCCCAAAACUUUUGCAAAGUUUAGACAAAAAAAUGGCUUCGUUGAAUUUACAAUCGUAUGGACUGUCAGCAACAACAAUGGAGGAUGUCUUUCUCAGAGUUGGAGAGAUGAACAAAGCAAAACUAGAUUCACAAAUUGAAACCUUCAGCGAACGGAUCGAGCAGAAACCACAAGAUCUUGUCCCUUUAAACAUUGCAAGGAUGGAAGAUGCUGCUGUACAAGAACAAGCGACAAAAGAAUCUACUAAAGCAUCUGCUGUGAAAUCAAUUUCCGCUGAUAUUAAAUCAAGUUCACAUGUCGAAAUGGGCAACACAAAAGUCGAUCCGACACCAAGAGAGUCCACCUUGAGACACACUGCCACGUCCCAGGCGGCUUCAGCAAGCCAAAAACUGAGCACAAGCGUCAAGGAAAUGCCAGAUUUACAAGAAGAUGACAAGAUGGAUAGAGAGCAUAGUGUAGUCUUAGAGACCAAACCUGAUAGGAUAGCAGCAACAAACACAGGAGUCAAACUACACAUGUGUCAAUUCAAAGCUAUAUUGAUAAAAAGAAUGAUUAUUUUGAAACGGAGCAGCCUGACACUGAUAACAGUGUUGCUGGUGAAUCUAUUUUUGACUGCGACGUACGUAGCAGGUACCUACGUUGACGUUACUCUGCCAAUGGACUUUAAGCUCAGUGACUACAAAAAUAUCACCAUCGUUGUUGGUAAACCAAGCGACAACAACUCUGUGGCCAUCUACCACGGGUUGAUAUCUCUUCUUCCUCCUGACGUGCUUGUGGUAGAGCCCAACAAGUCAUUGGCAUUUAACCCAAAUAUAUUUCAAUGGGUCCGCGCCAACAGUUUGCGAAAAUACAAAACGGAGCUGAUGAUGGGCUUUGAGAUUAACCAACCACCUAGUCCUAGUAUCGUUCACUAUCAGGGUUAUUACGUACACAGUGAGCCCGUCGCGGUAGAUCUUUUCUUGAACGCCCACAUCCGAGCCUGGCUUGGCACUAACUACUCCAUACAAAGUGGGGUUCUACCCGACCAUGUAUCUUCGAGAGAAUUCCAAAUUCCGAUGUUGAGUGUAUUGUGCAUCUUUUUAGCUCUACUCUCCUUGCACACAGUCAUAAUUAGCUGGUUGAUUAGCGAAAGAAAUAGCGGGGCCAGACAGCUUGAAGCUAUGACAGGAGUCCCAUUUUGGAUUUUCUGGUUCGCAAAUUACCUAUUUGAUAUCUGCCUUCAAAUAGCUUUUGCGGCCAUGUUCUGGAUAGUCAUUCUGUGUCAGAAGUCGGUGAACAGACUAAUUCUACACCUGCCAAUGCUCAUUUUUACUCAGUUGCUUUUUAUGCUGGACAUCCUCCCAUUCUGUUAUUUCUUCCAGACGUUUUUUCUAAGAAUCCCGAUCGCAAUAAUCACUUUGAUUGUGUAUAUUAUAGUGAAUUUUUUAACCUUUCUGAUGCUAAGUGAUAAAUCUUACGCGGCGGAAUUCACCACUUUUGUGCUUUACGUUCUUGCGGUCACAUCACCAUACACGAAAUAUUAUUACGUUCCACCGGGGAUCGCACUUAAUACUUUACAAGAGUCGAUGGAAUAUACCAAAGAGCACUCCGUAUUCUUUGCAAUACACGCACUAUGUGCCUGGGGUUUACUUUUCUUCAUGGAAUAUAAAAACACUAUACUUCUAAGGUUUCAGGUCUUAGAAGAUCGACUUGUGAGUAAAAUUGAAAAGGCUGGAAGGGUAAUUGUUAAUAAAACAGUCACCAGUGCAGACGACGACGUAGACGCUGAACAAAACCGCAUUUUAAAAACUGAUUUAAAGCUGUUGUUUGACACAGAUGCAUUGAUUCUGGUGAAUGUUAGCAAGAAAUAUAUUGUCAAGGACCAAGUGUUAACAGCAGUUGAAAACACUUGCCUUGGUAUCCCAAAAAAUGAAUGUUUUGGACUUCUUGGACAAAAUGGCGCAGGGAAAACAACAACAUUCAAAAUACUGACGGGGGAAUACGCUAGUACAUCAGGCGAUGUUUACUUCAAUGGUCUCAGUCUUAAUUCUAACUUGUCUAAAGUCCAACAAAUGUUGGGUUAUUGCCCGCAGGACGAUUAUCUUCAUGGAGACCUCACAGGCAGGGAGUCGCUUUACCUGUUUGGUCGUCUGCGGGGAGUUCCAGAGAAAAGUCUUCCAGGUGUUACAGAUUACCUGAUUAGUGCUGUGUUGCUGGACCUGCAUGCCGAUAAAGAGACAAAAAAAUACAGCCUGGGCAACAAACGCAAACUUUCCACAGCACUGUCCGUGAUUGGCGACCCCCAGUUUGUCAUGCUGGAUGAACCAACAUCUGGCAUGGAUGCUAUGGCCAAGAGAGCCAUAUGGGACUUGCUCCAAAACGUCAGAUCUCUUGGCUCCACCCUCGUCUUGACGUCACACAGCAUGGAAGAGUGUGAACUCCUCUGUACAAGACUGACCAUUAUGGUGGGCGGGAAGCUCAUGUGUCUAGGCAGUCCACAACACCUGAAGACAAAGUACGCCCAGGGUUAUACAAUAACCGUACACUUGAAGCCUGACUCGGGGGUACCCAUACAAGGGAUCAUAGACAACAUGUUAAGGAUAUUCAACGCGGCUGAGGUCUUUGGACAGAUGGACACCUACCUUCACCUUCAAAUCCCAGCAGACAGCCUCCCCCUGUCGUCCAUGUUUAAAAUGAUGGAGAAAGCCAAGAAAGACAUGAACUUUGAGCACUACACCAUACAGCAAACCUCGCUGGAACAAGUCUUUCUAAUGUUCAUGAACAAAAACAAAACUUCCGACACAGAGGCGUAGCGACCUAUUCCUACGUCCGGGGCGUUCUAUAAUCUUUGCGCACCCCCAUUUAUACAGUUAUUCACAUUGGCAAUAAAGCGUCACUGUCCCUUGACGAUUUAUAUGUUUGUGUCACACAAUCGAUGUUGAAAAUACUUAAACGAUUCCGAAAAGCUAAGUACCAGUAUAUUAUUUUAACUUCUAAUUUAUGUAU